UUUGGUUAAAGGUGGAGUCAGUAACACAAACUCCUGUAACCGAUCUGAAGAGGCGGAGGACGGACGGACAGACAGACGGACGACAACUUCUUCAAUUAUUCACAACGACAGUCAAUAGGUUUAUAGAGCUUUCCAGCUGGGAUUUGUUUUCCUGACUGGUGUUUGUCAGAAGGUUGUGUUGUUGUUUGUCAGUGGUUCUAAGAGGUGCUAUGAGCUGACUGGCCCGGGCUGCAGCUCUGAGAUGGAGGUUUGAGGAGCGGAGGUUCAGGAGUGGAUCACGGAUUUGACGGCCCCCGUAUCCGCUUUAAAAUCGGACAGAAAGCCCUGCGAUGACCUGGCGACUUGUCCAGGGUGUACACCACCUCUCGCCAGAUAGGGUCACAGGCAAGCUGGAUGAGCGGUUCCGGAUAAUCGAAGGAUGGAUAAUAUUCAGUCAUGGCAGCUUCUUUGCAUGUUAACUCUCAGUGCACAAAGAAAACAUGGACUCCUUCAGCACAAAAAACCUGGCCCUGCAAGCCCAGAAGAAGCUCAUGAGCAAGAUGGCUAACAAGACAGUGGCCAACCUUUUCAUUGAUGACACGAGCAGCGAGGUGCUGGAUGAGCUGUACCGUGCUACCAAGGAGUACACGCGCAACCGCAAGGAAGCACAGAAGAUAAUUAAGAACCUCAUCAAGAUGGUGGUCAAAUUGGGCGUGCUGUACCGCAACGGGCAGUUCAGUGGGGAGGAGCUUCUGCUCAUCGAGCGCUUCCGAAAGAAGGUGCACACGCUGGCCAUGACCGCAGUCAGUUUCCACCAGAUUGACUUUACCUUUGACCGGCGUGUCAUGAGCAGCCUCCUGAACGACUGCCGUGAGCUGCUGCACCAGGCUAUCAACAGGCACCUCACAGCCAAAUCACAUGCCCGUGUCAACCAUGUCUUCAACCACUUCUCCGACUGUGACUUCCUGGCUGCACUCUACAGCCCCUCUGAGGUCUACCGUGCCCACCUGCAGAGGAUCUGUGAUGGAGUGAACAAAAUGCUGGACGAAGGCAACCUUUGACCCUCCAUUUUGUCUCACUGAGAUUAUAUUAUGAUUGGGGGGGGUUUGUAUGUGAAUAUUUUUGCAUUUUAUAUUUUUUGUUCCACCACACCCAGCCUCAACUUCAGCAAAGUGCUUUCUGACUCAUUGUUCUUUUUCUGGGUGAGCUAAACAGCUGCAUGUUUUCCACAACAAUGCAACACCCUCGGUUAAAUCAUUAAAAGAAGGGCAUAACCCAGACUUUAAACACUCUCACUUGUAUCUGGAACAACUAUUCAGGUGCUGGUUGAGUUUUAACGUUGAAGUAGCACAUGAACAUGCUUUCUCAAAGUUCCUUUCUUCUUGUUGAGAAAUUUUACAAUGUGUAAUUUCAUGUACUAUAUAAUAAUUAAGCCGAAGGAGACUUUACAGUAUUUCUUGAGCAUUAGAUUUGAGGUUUACGUUGUACACUUUUUUUUUUCUUCUUUAUCUGGUGAGAAAAAUAACACGUCAGCUCCAGUUGUCCUCAGAAACCCAGUGUAAGCAAUCUCUCUCAAUGCAAACAUUUUUAGCCUUUCAUGUUUUUAAUAUCUGUAGAAGUCACAUGAGAAUGCGGGAAUAGAAUUGAGCUUUAUGUGGAUGAGAAACCGGUUUAGUGAAGUCUGAAAUGGUCCUGUAUCAGCAAGUCCUUGUCAAGCUUUUAUUAAAUUUUUUUUUUGGCUGUAACAGAUGACCUUUUCACCCUGAUGCAGUUCCUUUAAUGGGAAUGAAGGCAAAAUGAGCAUGUUUCGUUGUACUAUUAUUUCAUAACUUUAUAUAUAAUGUUUUUAAUACUGAGCCUUUUUUUCUGUUGUACUUUUUUUGUGUGUGUGGCUGUCGGUGAGUUACUAAUUACCUCUAUGGCUCUGAUGUAAGACACAGGGUAAAAAUGAAGCAGCUCCAUCAGAGAUGCAAAGCAGAAUUUUAUUUUAAAUGCAGGGAGGAACAAACCCUCAUAGGAAUGCUGAUCUAGGCGUUAAAGUUCCCAGCAGUAGCACAUGACACUCAAGUAGCCUGUGUUCUAACAUAUUAAAGAUGUGCGACAUAAGUUGACUUUGAACUUGACCACUUCCAUUUCCCUGAUAACUUGCAGAUGUUGAAUGAAGGACCUCAGUGAGCAGGGUUCUCUUUAUAGGUGCUCUGAAACUGUGGAAAUGACUUGCAGGCUGUUAUGAAUCAUGGUGAUACAAGUGUUUGCUUUGAAAGUUUUAUCAACAUCUUGCAUCACGUAUCUAUAACCAAACAUGGGUGUCAACAUGACUACUCUCAAUCCAAAGAGAUAUGCAAACCAUAUGUUUUACAGCAUGUGUGCACUUAUCUAUAGUGUUUUGUCUGAUUUUUUUAUUUUAUAUGUAUGUAAAUUUUGAAUGUGUCCCCAGCUGACAUUAAAGGUAAUGGUGAUGAAGGCAAUAAGCUUGAAGCUGACCUAAAACCCCACCUAAUUGUAAACACAGCACUUCUCAGGAUUGAAGCUUACUGGCGCUCAAAAGGAUUAAAAAGUCCAGAAUUGCUUACCUCCAAUUUCAAUGGACAGUUUAAAGACGUCUUCCAUCUUUCUGGUUUCAUCCUUCCCCCCCCCCCUUGGAUCCCUUGUUUUGUCUGAUAUGCCUUCACUUUUCCAGACCUAUUGUAGAGAAGUACGUACAUAUAUUUCAGUGUGCAUAUAUAAAGGAAUGUUUUGGGUUUUUUUAAAUUGAA